CUGUCCGCGCCUCGCUGCGAUGGCCGCGGCGUUGAACACAGUCACGCCGCUGGCCACGGAGUCUUCCCCUCAGGAAGCUACAGUCUCUGAUGCCUCCUAUACCGCCUUCGCGGCGGCGGCGGCGGCCGCGGCCACAGCCACGGCCACGGCCCCGGCAGUGAUUGUGCCUACCUCCUCCGCCACGUCCACCUCUGCCCGCCUGCCUGCCGGUGGCUGUGGCGACGGCGGCAGCGGCUUUGGCGGCUCCACUAUGGCGGCGGCGGGGAGGGGGGGCAGUAGUUUUAAAGUAGACACCCGCCCUUGCCUCAGAGAAGGUACUGCCUGGAAUCAACAACUUUUUAGAGAUAACCUUUGUCAACUAUGUGGUGUUGUGCUACAGUUUGAAUCACAACGGAUUUCCCAUUAUAAGAGUGAACAACAUGCUCAAAAUGUUAGGUUUUAUUUUGAAGUACAUAGGGAACAAUUUGAAGUUCCUGGUGAGAAAAUGAAGACACAUGCGGAGAAUUUUCCGGUGUGUAAGAGUGGAUUACUGGACAAAAACAGAUUUUGUGAUAUGUACAACAUGAUUUUCAGCUCUCCAGUUGUUGCUCAGUCUCACUAUAUGGGGAAGGUUCAUGCUAGAAAACUGAAGCCAUUAAUGGAGGGAACUGAUCAUGUGCCUGCAUUAGGAUUUCAGCCAGAAAUGGCAUUUAGUAUGAAAACCUAUGUUUGUCAUAUUUGCAGUAUCACUUUUACAUCUUUAGCUAUGUUUCGGUACCACAUGCAAGGAAGUGAACAUCAAGCUAAAGAAUCCUUUGUUAACAAUCUAGUGAUGAAUUCAAAGCAGACACGAGACUCUUACCAAAAUGACUCUGAAGAUUACAUCAACAUGCAGAAAGCCAGAGAAUUAAAGCCCACGACUUAUUUCAGAAGUAUGGAAGGGAGUUCUUUGGAAACCCAUAGGUACAGAGAAGCGGUUGAUUCCAGAUUCAGCCAUAGAGCGUUUGAACAAAGACUCCCAUCUGAGACUUCCUGGACAUACAGAGGACCAUCCGAUAUUUCUCAAAGAAUGGAAAACCAGUUACCUCAUAUCUUACCAGCUUAUUCAGAGAAGACAUAUGAUCCUUUCCAAGAUGAACUUGAAGAAUACAUCAAAGUGCAGAAAUCCAGAGGACUAGAGCCAAAGACUUGUUUUAGAAAGAUAAGAGAGAGCUCUAUGGAGACUCCUGGGUAUAGAGAAAUGUCUGGUUGUCAACCUAACCCAAGAAUGUUUGAGCAAAGAUUUUCAUCUGAGACUCCCCAGACUUACCAACAUCCAUAUACCGUUUCACCAGUGAAAAGCCAGUUACCUCACUGGUUACCAGCUCAUUCAAAGAGGAAAUAUAAGUCUUUCCAAGAUGAACUAGAAGAUUAUAUUAAAGUGCAGAAAGCCAGAGGAUUAGAGCCACAGACUUGUUUCAGAAAGCCAGGUGCUAGCUCUAUGGAAACUCACAGGCACAGAGAAAUGGUUUAUACCAAACCCAGGCAUGAAAUGUUUGAGGAAAGACUCCCAUUUGAGACGUUCCAGACCCAUCCAGGGCUAUAUGGUACUUCACAAGCCGUGCAAAACAGUUUACCUCAUUGCUUGCCAGUUGAUGACAACAGACAGAGACUAGAAUCGAUGAACUACGAUCAAGUCACUAGAAACUAUUUCCCAGAAGAACCAGUACCCCUGAGCCUUAGUCAGCAAGAGAAUAACUCUGGCCCAAACAGUGUAGAAUCUGACGUCUGCGGACACUUCUCAGAAAACUCUGCCCGUGAGUAUCAAGCAGAUGAUGAACAGAGGCGUGAGAAGAGGAGACGACACCUGGAGGAAGGCGAGGAAGGCGGGGAAAGGGCAGAGAAGGAGCAGUCAAAGCACGGAAGGACAAAGAGUUGCGAGGAUACAGAUUUAGCCAAAGAUAAGGAGGAUAGAAAGGAAGAUAAAGCCAGGGUCAGGAGAGGAAAGCUUAAGCAUCAGAAAAAGAGAAAAAGCCGUGAUGUCUCUGCUGAGAAAGAACGCAAGCACAAGAAAGAGAAGAAGAAGUCCGCUGAAGAAAGGACCGAAGAAGAAAUGCUCUGGGAUGAAUCAAUUCUUGGGUUUUGAACUUAUAGUUCAAAGAAUGAAUGACAGAAAGCAGUUAAUAUAAUGGAUUUAAGUAAAAGCGGAACCAUCAAAUGAAGAGAAGAAGUCGAUGGUGUCAGUUCAGGAAAGCUUUGCUUUUCGGUGUGUGUCAACAUUGAACUUUAACUGAAAGGGUGAACAACAAAUUCUAAACCUGCCCUCUGAGAAAGAAUGGAAGAACGCAGGAAGAACAUGACAGAAAUAGAAACUUGUUUAAGACAAGCCUCAAGAGUCAGUAUCUUGGACUGAGUCCGUCUUUGAAUUUGGAAUUUUUCGUUCUGUUUCCUCAAGGAUGAAGUGAAGAAAGCAGUUAAUAAAAUGGGUUCAGAAAAAAUCACAGCAUGAGAUGAAGGAAAGCAGAGGUGGAAAGAGGGAGUGCCAAUUCUGGAAAGCUGGUUUUUGUUUUCUGUAAAGAAGUUUCAUUGAAAGGAGAAACAAAAAAGCGUAAACCUAGCCUCUGAGAAACAAGAACAUAAACAAAAAAGGAACUUUCUGAAGAAAAGACAGAAUUGUCUAUGUUUUGCACCUACUCUUGCAUCUUGAAAGGUAGUUUCAUUUACUUGAGAAUGGACUGAAGAUAUCAGUGAAGAAAAUGAAUUUAAACAAAACCAAGAGCAUGACAUGAAGGAAAGGAGAAUUGAACAUAGUUGAGUACCAGUUCAGGAAAACUGGCUUUUGCUUUUGUUUUUGGGAAAAGUUGAAGUUUAAUUGAAAGAAGAAAAACAAACAAAAACACACACACACACCUAAGGCUAGCCCCUGAAAAUCAAGAACACAAGAACAUCAGAGAAAAAGAAACCUUCUGAAGAAAAGAAUUGUCAGUGUUUUGAGUCUACUCUUGGAUUUUAAAUGUUUCAGUUUUGUUUCCUUAAGGUUGAAUAAAUAGGUUGAAGAAUUUGGUGUCUUGAAAUUCAUGUUAUUUGAAUUUUUUUAUGUGAACAGGUACUUAGUGAUCUCUGGCAAAAGCCAAGUGAAGCAUAAGUAUUCAAUGCCUUUUUGUCAAAUUACUUUUCCUUUGUUUUCCAAAAAAUAUGUUUCCUACAAAUAGUGAAUUUUCCUAAAUGAAGUUGUCUAUACUUUGUUCAUAAAAUUGAUAUGACAUUAAAUUAUUUACCCAUGGGAGAUAAUUUAUUUUAAGUGAAAGGAUUACCAGGCGUUGCUGAAUCCAUUCCUUCUUUGGGUUUGUUAAUAUUCAUGGUAUUUUAUUAUUGUUGCCGUGUCUUUGUUUAUAUUCUUGGUUCUGUGCAAGGAAAAUGUACAAAAUAAUUCACUUAUUUUUUUCUUUGUUAAAUCUAAUUUGAAGUGUAUUUUGUAUUUUCUAGUUCUAAAAGUGGAAAAUUAAAUAGUCUAUUAUAAACUUAGAUUAUAUAUAGUUUUAAAAAGCUCUCAAAAGUACUGUUGCAAA